AUGUCUGGUACCGACUACAAGUUCGAAGGCUGGCUCGGUCAUGACNNCCUGGAGUCCGUCAAGGGCAACAUGAAGUGGGGUGAAUUCGAGCCCAAGAAGUGGACUUGCUGUGUCGGCCACGAGAUUGUCGGCAAGGCCGUCAAGGUCGGAAGCAACAUCAAGCACGUCAAGGUCGGCGACAGAGUCGGUGUCGGCGCUCAAUCGAACAGCUGCGGAAAGUGCGAGGACUGCAAGAAUGGCGAAGAGAACCACUGCAUGAAUGUCACCAACACAUAUGGCGACAAGUACAAAGAUGGCAGCGGCAAGUCCUACGGUGGUUACGCUACCUAUGCUCGUCACCCUGGCAGAUUCGUCUUCAACAUUCCCGAGGGACUGGACAGCGCUGAUGCCGCUCCCAUGCUUUGUGGUGGUGUUACCGUCUACUCGCCACUGAAGAACUACGGAUGCGGACCUGGCAAGAAGGUGAGUUUCAGACAAUGGACAAAUUCUGGACUCUCUCUAACUCUCCACAGNGUCGGUAUCGUUGGUGUCGGUGGUCUUGGUCACUUCGGUGUCCUCUUCGCCAAGGCCCUCGGAGCCGAUGAGGUUGUUGGCAUCUCUCGUAAGGCAAGCAAGAAGGAUGAGGUUCUCAAGCUCGGCGCCGACAAAUACAUCGCUACCGACGACGACAAAGACUGGGCAGCAAACAACCGCCGCACUCUUGACUUGAUUAUCUGUACCGUGUCCAGCGGAAAGAUGCCUCUCGAAGGCUAUGUCUCCAUGCUGAAGACCAGAGGCACGCUCAUUCAGGUUGGAGCUCCUGAUGGUGGCGAGCUCCCUAACAUCAACGCCUUCACUCUGAUCGGAAAUGGCGUCAAGGUUGGCGGUAGCGCUAUUGGACCCCCUCACGAGAUCAACGAGAUGUUGAAGUUGGCAGCUGAUCAGAAGAUCCACCCUUGGGUCCAGAAGCGUCCCAUGAAGGAUGCGAACGCAGCCAUUGUCGACAUGGAUGCAGGCAAGGCUCGUUACCGUUACGUCCUUUGCAACGACGAGUAA